UAUGAUUGACUGGUAUUUCGAUGAAUUGACAUCAGUCCAGCCUGGGUCAACACUCGGUUCAUAUUAAUUUUGAUUUUCCAUUUACCAUACGGUGGCCGGACUAGCGGCGGCGUUGCUAAUAUCGGCCUACUUCAACUGCGUCUUUUACGGCGGGGCUUCACUAUUUCAGCAUUUUCGGGCUCUAUUAUUUUCUCUCUAAGUAAUUUACAAAGCCACUUAUGAACAACGAGAUAUCUCCCUUGAAGCUUGUAAAGCAGCCCGUUAUGGAUUCCCAUAUUUCUCGUACAUCAUCACUUCCAUGGAUCUUGGUCAUUGAUACACUAGCACGCUCGAAGCAAGUAAAGUUAUCUCUAUUGCUAGAUUUGCUUGAUAAUACACCAGCAAUGCCCGACGAUCUUGGUAAAAACGUAAGAGAACUGUUGUCGUUGAGAUUGUUGGAGAGCUUCUCAGCUCAAGGAGCUCUUGCAAGUCCUGUAUCUUCUCCCGCAAGCCAAAAGAUUCGAUUAGAUCCUUCCGACUGUUGCGAAGAUGUCCUUCGACAAAUAUUAGCUGAGACAUCUUCAUCCCAUCUGAAACUUGCUGGAUCAGAGAUGUCGAAGUGGGAUCUUCAGCCCUUUAUAGAUCAGAAAAGAUCUAAUUUGCCUAAACCUGCUCUAGAACAGUUGAAAGAUGCAAUCCUCUCAGGAAAGCCUUCUCGUUUUGCUUCUUUGAGAGAGCACAGUGGUUUGCCAAUUGGUAAUCCCAUGGAUGAUAACAAUGAUGAUCACGUCAAUUUGCCCGAUGAAAACUUGGUAGAAGUUAGCAGGAAGAGAAAAUCCACUAGUGAAAGUGUAGAAGGAAAGUCAUAUGAGAAGGACCUAAAUAACAAAUCCGUGGAGGAGCAGGAGCAAGAUCAUAGCAUUGAGGAACCGAAAGAGUGUGACAAGGAAGUUUUUAAUUCCCACAAACAAACUAAUGAAGGCGUGGAUAAAUUCGAUGGAAAAAAGAGGCAAGAUCGUGCGGCUGAGGAUGCAGAAGGUGGUAGGAAAGAUUUACGUGGGCUCAUAACAUCUGACAACGACAUGGAUAAACUUGAGCAAACUUUCCGCAAAAAUGUCUCGAUCGGUGAAGCGGAGCAAUACAAUGGUGUUCCUAGCGAUAGUGAUGGCUUGCCCAACAAUUUGCCCAAUGAAAACUUGGAAGAAAUCUUUUUAUGCAGCUCAUAUCGAGCAAUUCCUCAUCCGAGGCGGCCAAGAAUCCGGUGGACAAAAAAAGAGGAGAAAGCAUUAAAGAAGUGGAAGCGGAAACUUCAUAACGAUGACGAUAAAAGUAUUCCAUAUAAGGAAAUUUUGGAAGCUGGUGCCGGUGUUUUCCAUCCAAGGCGUACUCCAACGGACCUUAAAGAUAAAUGGAGGAAUAUAUGCAAAGCAAAUCUACGGACCGCCUGAAGUUCUGUUCAUAUAGAGGUCGUAUUUUGUGUUCUGGUAAAAUUAACCCUCAAGACACCAGUAUGUAUAAUAGUUGUUUUGUAUGUAGUCAUCAAUGUAUGUAUCUCAGUUUCAUAGUGCUGCUGUAAAUUUUUUGUAGACAACCUCAGCACUUAGUUUUUGCUGUGUAAAGAUGACCAGAAUUAAACUUUUGAAAUGUGAAAUCCCAUUUGACUCUA